ACACUAAAAAUGAGUGGAUAAAUAGAGGAAGAUUCUCACUGUUUGAUGACACCAGAGCUGCAGAGUUCUGGGUGUUGAUCAGAGAGCUCACUGUAGAGGAUUCUGGACUGUACCAGUGUGGAGUUGAAAAAAAAGGUUUGGCUAUUGACAUCUACACACCAGUGGAACUGAAUGUAGAGGAAGUCUGACUGAGGGAGACUCUGGUGAAUACUGGUGUGGAGCUGAAUCAGACUGGACAUCUGACCAUGGAUACAAGGUUUAUAUCACACAGAUCAACCUCAGAGUUCCUGGAACAACAUCACCCUCAACAUCACCAUCAAGCCCCACUGCACAGACCAUAGAAACAAAUGCCUCUACAACAUGUACAACUACAAUGAAAUCCUCAUUUAAGACUCCAACAGAAAUUCUACCACAGUCAUCAACAUACAUCAGUGCACUGACCACAAAACCAACCACAUCCUCAAUGCCUAAAACCAAACCGUCCUCUUUGUCAGUUUCCUAUGUGGUCUCUGGUGUGUCUGUGAUUGUGUUGCUGCUUCUGUUUGGACUCUUAUUCUUCAUAGUCAUUCUUAGAAAGAGAGGCAAGACUCAAGACCCAGGCACAACACAAGGCCAAUCCUUCAAAGGAUUCUCAGCUGUCCACAGGGUUUUCCAUCUUUUCAAUAACUAUGAAGAGAUUAAAGACAGUAGACACCUUCCUACAUCAGAUGCUGGAGUCUUCACAAUCUACUCUACUGCUCAACUACCUACAAACCCAUCAGAACCUUCUCAAACUGACUAUGAAAAUGUCCAGUUACCCACAAACCCCUCAGAACCUUCUCAAACUGAUUAUGAAAAUGUUCAGUUACCCUCAAACUGUGAUUUCUCAAAUUCUGUUUAUUCUUCUGCUCAGUUACCAUCAAACUCUCCUGAUCAGGUCAUCUACUCCACAGCUCAGUUACCCACAAUUCUCUCUGAUUCCUCAGCAAGUGGCACUCAGCAUUCAGCUGGAACAUCUACGGAAGAUCCAACAUACGCAACAGUGAAUUUCAGGAAGAAGUUUGUUGUGGAGGAACUCCAGUGUCCAGCACAGAGCCCUGACCCCACCCCCACUGAAUACCUUUGGGAUGAACUGGAACAUUAAUUGUGAGUCAGGCCCACUGAUCCAACAUCAGUGUCUGACCUCACAAAUGCUCUUUUGACUGAAUGAGCACAAAUUCCCAAA